UCGAAUGGGCCUAUGCAAAAUUUGAGGUUGACAAGCUGUCUCAGGUCCAGCAUUUUCAGUGCCCUGCAUGCACACCCUCCAUGUUGGCAGUUGCAGUGGAUGGGAACCGCAAAUUAUAUCGUUUCAAAAGCCAACCAGGACCUGAUGGGUUUUUUGAUGGAGUCGUUUUGGCCAAUGAUGCUGAGGUGUCCUCCUUUGUUGAUUACAUCCAUGGAAAAACUGGACAUAAUCCAGGGAAAGGGAGAUGUGGUGCGGGUCAGUGGACCGCAGCACGAGAGUCUGCCAACAAGUCUGGAAGCAAACUAGACGAGGAAGGUGUUGAAGUUGCUGUCUGCCAUCAUGGGGUUUUGCUGAAGGGACUGAAUAUGUUCCGUGGAGAAAUAUUUGCAUACCCAUUAUAUCUCCAGAAACAGCUAGCUUCACAGACCGUCCAGUUUUUUUGCUCUGAUGUGGUCUGCAAAUAUUGGCCAUAUCUGCAGAAAGUUGUGGACCACUGUCCAGAGUUGGAGGACUUGCUGAACAUGCGCCCAUUUCUCUCCAUCAUGCAUGCAAAAGCGCAUUCAUGGAUGUGUGAGUUAAAAUGGGGGGGACGCAAUCAAGAAGGAGCUGGAACAACAAUCGGGGAGGAGGUUGAACAGGUUAACAGCUUCCUCUCUCGAGCAGCCAUAUGUUCCAAGUACAUGUCAAAAGCCGUUCGCACAGACAUGCUAACAAUCCAGGCAAGUGGCUGGAACAAGCGAAAGGCAGAAAACCUUGACCGGACACUGGCCAAAAGAUACAUCAAGACUGUACCAAGGAUUGCAGAGGCAACAAAGGACCUGGAGAAACUCACAGCUGAGUUAUCUCUACAGCAAGACACAGUCCAGCAGUGGGUGUCUGAUGUUCAGCAGUGGACCUCAGGAGCAACAAUCCAAAAUGACCUGCAGAGGACCAUCGAGGGGCUAUAUCUGGGCAUCAAACAGCGAAAAGUUCAGCUGUAUCGUCAGUCUGUUGAGAGCAGAAAAGGCCGCUAGUAAUGCAGAUUUGUGAAAAAAUGAAUUCACUACUGAUUU